AUGUCGGUGGCUUUGAUUGUUGGUGCAACUGGAGCUGUUGGCUCAGAACUCGUCAAAAUUCUCGGCGAUUCACAACAUUUUCAGAAGAUUGUGAUUUUGGCGAGAAGAAAUGUGGAGGCGGCGAAAGGAGAGAAAUUUGUGAGUUUUUUUUUUGUUUGAAUGAAAAUCAAAUUUUCAUUCGAAAAUUUAUGAAAUUUUUGAAACAGUGAAUUUUUUUCACUUGAAAAAUUGAAUUUUGAUAAUUUUUUUAAAGCGAAAAAAUUCACUGUUUCAAGAAAUUUGUAAAUAUUUUGAAUUUUGGGGGAUUUUUGAUGGAUAUGUAUCUUAAAAUUGAAAUUCGACUAAAAUUAAAAAAAAAAUUUGAAAUUUUUGAAACAGUAGAUUUUUUAAAAUUAAUUUUUUCUUGAAAAAUUUAAUUUUGAUAAUUUUUUUUGACAAAAAAAAAUUCACUGUUUCGAAAAAUUUAUGAACAUUUCAAGUUUUGGAGAAUUUUUGAUGGACUGAACAAUUUUGGAGCAAAAUUUGAAAAUUUCGUUAUUUUUCAAAGAAGCAGUUCUACAAGUCUUCAGAUUAUAAUUCCACUAAAAUUAAAAAAAAUUUAAUGAAAUUUUUGAAACAGUGAAUUUUUUCACUUGAAAAAUUAAAUUUGCCGCCCAGUUUCAAAGCAAAAAAUCAAAUUUUCACUCAAAAAUUUAUGAAAAUUUUGAAACAGUGUUUUUUUUUUCACUUGAAAAAUUGAAUUUUGAUAAUUUUUUUAACCAAAAAAAUUCACUGUUUCAAGAAAUUUAUGAAGAUUUUGAAUUUUGGGGGACUUUUGAUGGGUUUAAGUUUUUAGGUGUAAAAUGUGCGGAAUUUCAAUGUGAUUGUGAUUUUUUUUAAAUUCAAAAAUUUUAUGAUUUUCUUUGAUAUCGCUUCAAUUCUUAUGGGGCUAUUCAACAAAAUAAAAACGGUUUUCUCAGCGCUGAGAAAGUAGGAAAAAACAUAUUCAGCGCGGCUGAGAAAAGCGGAGAAAAUAGGAGAAAAAAACCCUUUUCUCCACCGACAUACUGUAGUUUUCGUGGCGAGAAGCAAACAAAAAUAUUAUGUUCCUUUGACCUUUUGGUGAUUACUGUAGGUUGUCGCGUUGAGACCAUUCGAAACAAUUCGAUGAUCCUUGAUUUUGUGUUGUUUUUUAUCACAUUUCGCCCUAAAACGUGCAUUUCGUGGUGCUACAAUGGAAUUGUCGAAGAUAAAUCAAAAAUCAAAAACUGAUGCAGUCAUGUUGAUGUUGUUAAACAUUUCGCAGCAGCGAUUCACCGAAGUAUUGCGAAUGGAGUCAUAUUUGUCGAACCAACUAGUUGAAGUUAAUCAAAAGAAUUUCGCUCACUUCAGGGAAACUUUGGAUGCAUUUAUUAAAAUGGAUAAAUUGGAGGUAAUGUUAAAUAAUCAAAUAAUUAAUUGCUAAUUUCUCAUUAUUUCAGAUAUUUCUGUUUUUGGAUGUCGAAACAUUUGACAAAAUCAGUAAAAUGCUAAGACCAGUGGUUUGCUCGAAAUUUGACAAUGAUUUGAGACUUGCUGUUAUUCUUAUAUUUUUGACAAAAGGUAAGGAACACUUAUUUGUGACAAAAAAAUCAUCUGAAAUCAUCUUCCAGGAGUUAGUCAGAAUGCGAUCGCCCUGUGGUCAGGCAUAAGUCAGCCAUCGAUUUCAAGAAUUUUGCGGCAAGGGUUUGAUGAUAUUUGCGAAAAGUUCGGAGAGACAAUUAAAUGGCCGACAGCUGAACAAAUUGCAUAUCAACAAGACUUAACAAAGAAUAAAAUUCCGUCAUUUGGUCAAAUUGAUGGUAAAUUAUGGUAUGUGAAUAGACCGCCUGGAACAGGAACUCUCAAUAUGUCAUAUAAAUCGAGAUUCGCCUUCAACAGUCUUUUUGUGGUGGACAAUGAAGCUAGGAUAAUUUAUAUUCAAUUGAGCAAAAAUGGAUGCCACUCAGAUGGUCAAAUGUUCAACGCUGGCCCCAUUUCAAAACUUCUGGAAAAAAACAAAAUUUUCCACCACCAAUUAAACACCACGAACAUUUUAUAUGUGAUUCAUUUCUUCUGGGAGAUGGUGGAUUUGCGUUAA